AACGGAAAUGACUGUUGCAUCUGCUGCUAAACAGGUCUAUUCGUGCACUUAGAUACAUUGCUUGUAUGCACGAUUGUUCCAUUGACUUUAAUUACAAAUUGUAUUUAACUUAUGCCAUACUUGAAAAGUUGAUCCUUUACCCACUAAAGAAUCCACUGAAAAUUUUGCUUGCCUAUAAAGUUUCCUGCCAGCCGUCCGCGUGAUGACUAAAUGCCCUAACCCGAAUAUUGUGCUAGUUCUGGUGUACGUGUACAUAUAGCCCUUUGCUCCUUUCACUUCCCUUUCACUCAUUGCUUCGCUUGUUCCGCCAAUAGGCCGCUGAUUUAUUGGUCAGGUGGUGCAUUUAGCCCGUGGCGCCGAUGCAUGAUUACAUUAAGUUUAUUUACACACAACUGUCAGCUGUGUGCCUCAUAGUGUUUCACGCAGCAGGUGAUAAGCAAGCGCUUUUCUGGUAAUUGCGAUCAAAAUUUCUUACGACUGCACGUCCAAUGCUGUGUUAACAGGCAAACGAGUUACUGUUGCCGUUCUGUGACAGCUUGCAUUGUGUACCGCUUUCGGGGGCAAAACAAUGAAAGUUCUCGUUACAGGCGGAUCCGGUUUAGUCGGCCAAGGACUACAGAAGGCAUUGCAAGAUCCAUCGCAGGUGCGGCCUGACGAGGAAUGGGUGUUCUUAUCAUCAAAAGACGGCGAUCUCCGUAAUCCAGCUGCGGUUGAAGCAGUCUUCACCAAGCAUAAGCCAACACAUGUUGUUCACCUUGCUGCAUUUGUGGGCGGGUUGUAUCGCAACAUGCGGCUUAAUUUAGAUUUUCUGCGCUUCAAUCUCGCUAUUAACGAUAAUGUGUUACACGCCAGUCAUAUGCAAGAUGUAUCAAAGGUGGUGUCGUGUUUGUCAACCUGUAUAUUUCCAGACUGUACAACAUACCCUAUUGAUGAGACCAUGAUUCACAAUGGUCCUCCACAUCCCAGCAACUUUGGGUACUCGCAUGCCAAGCGACUGAUUGAUGUACAAAAUCGAGCGUAUUUUGCCCAGCAUGGUUGUCGGUUCACAUCUGUGAUUCCGACGAACGUCUUCGGACCACAUGAUAAUUUCAACAUUGAGGAUGGACACGUCCUUCCUGGCCUCAUUCAUAAAGCUUACAUGGCAAAACGAGAGGGGAAGCCGUUUACUGUUUGGGGUUCGGGUAAACCUCUCCGUCAAUUCGUGUAUAACUUAGAUCUGGCACGCCUGAUCAUCUGGGUGCUCCGCGAUUACCCGGAGGUUGAUCCGAUCAUUUUGUCCGUUGACGAAUCUCAAGAGGUGAGCAUCGCAGAGGCGGCUAUGAUGAUAGCUAAAGCUAUGGACAUUUCACAGGACAAAAUUGUUUUCGACACAUCAAAAUCUGACGGACAGUUCAAAAAAACCGUUAGCAACGCCAAAUUGAGGCGUUAUUUGCCUGAGUUCGAAUUCACACCGAUGGACGUAGCCAUCAAAGAAACAGUAGACUGGUUUCAAACACACUACGAAACCGCAAGAAAGUAAAUACCAAAGUGUGUAAUACUUUAAAUAAAAUUCUAGAUAUUUUUCUAUUAUUGUAUAAUAAAGUUAUCCGUUUCAUAUACUCA